CUUGUGCUUCCCAGCACACCUUCUCUAACCCCUGCGCCGCCACGACGACCCCUAGUCUAGACUAGUUGAUGCCAUUACCUCAAUCUUAAUAGUUUUAUUGCAACGUUGGCUAAAAAAUUCGGGGGAAAAACGGGAACUAGAAAGAAAAGAAGUGCCAUUAGAGAUCAACACCACACGAAAGUCAUUGUCAGCAGACAGAAGAGAAGUGCGUCCUCGAGGUGAAGACCGAGUACUUCCUUGGGCCCCGGUAGCCUCGGCUCUGAUGGUUUCAGCUGGCUCUGGUGGUCUCCGCUCUCAUGAUCCCUGGCCCUCUUGCUCUCGUGCAACCCCGUUGUCUCAGCCGGCCCUGGUGACCGUCUUCUCACUCAUUGCUCUGCUUGUGGAUAAAGUAGUUGUUGUACUGGAGAAGAAUUCUCACGGUUUCUGUGUGGACCCUAUAAAUGCUGAAGGUAUUCGUUCUUGUUGCAGUUGAGGCUCAGUAAACGUUGAGCUGCACUAGAGUCCACGAGGACAUCUGGGUCUCAGUAGGUCAGGGGCCAGGGCCCCUCGUAUGUGGCUAACUGACUUAGCUGGAUAACUUUCAGGAUGGGAUUACAUGGAUCAGGCUUUUCGGUUCCUGAAGUAAGUUUGGCUAAAUUACCAUAGCAACACAUUCAAAAACCUGAACCAAAAUGCAAAGACAUCUGACCGAGUGAUCAAUAACAUCAUCACAAUGACAGACCGCCAUGGGAUGAUGUCAUUGAUCUCAGAACUAAAUGCUGAACCAAAUGACAGAUGUGGCUGUAUUAAGUAUGAUUCUCAUUGCUUCAUGUAAACUUUUCCCCAACUUUUGAAUGAUUGACUAUUUUGCCUUAGUCCAUUACAUAAAAUCCCAAUGAAAACAAAAUUGACCCUACCAUGACACGAUGUAGAAAUGUCCAAUGGGGUAAAUACAUAUGCAUGCACUGUAUAUUAAAAUGUAUUUAUAUAUAUAGAUAUGUGAUGAUAUAUAUGUACCAUUCUAAAGAUGACCACAGUCAUGAUACUUCCGGUUUUCCAUUUAUGGUCGUGGGCAUUUCCUCAUGAUUCAUCAGUUAAAAGAAUAAGUCUCACAAAGUUUAGUUCCUCAUAUUGACUCUGAACUGGAUCUUUGCUCAUCGGCACAUCUUCAGGGUGUCUGCAAAGUGUAGCCGUCUCUCUGGUCGCAUUGGCAAUAAUCUGCAUACUGAGCAACAUCCUGCUGUUGAUUCCUGAACUGAAGAUCCACUUCUUGAUGGAGGGUCAUGUGACCAGAGAGGCCACCUGGGUCACGGGCCUGUGGGGGUCCGGUUUAGUGGUUCUGGUGGGAGCUCGAGCCUUUGUGCAGACCAGUCAGACCAGAGGCUGCUGUGCUUUUAGACGUCAGAUGCUGUGUCAGGUGGUCUACUCCUGUGUGUGUCUGCUAGCGGCUGGUUUCUGCAGUCUGGUCAGUUUCACUGGUCUCUCUCAGGGGCCCCACUGUCUGUAUAACACCACCUCCACCCCAGUCUGGGGGGUCCCACUGCAACCCCAACCAGACCGUCAUGCAGGCUACCUAUACAACAGGACUCUGUGGUCUGGAGUGUGUCUGAAGCCCAGAGGUGUGGUCCAGUGGAACGUGGUUCUGUUCAGUGUGAUGGGGGGGGCCAGUGGGCUACAGACGGUCCUCUGCAGCGCCAACAUCCUCAACUCCGUACUGGGACUGAUCCUGGGUCAGGGGGACUGAGCCUGUGAGGACCAAUCACAAUAUAGGGGUGUGUGUGUGUGUGUGUGUGUGUGUGUGUGUGUGUCCAGAGGAUCUUGAGUGAGAACACUGGUUGAUAAAAUCUUCAUUAUAUAAAGUUAUAAAAACUUUAUUGUGGCAAAACCCUUUUUCAGUUCCAGGCUGUAAGAGAAUUGAAUGAAGAAAAACAACAGCUGCACUUAAAAACAAGGACUCUAAUUUUAUUAAUUAAACAACUAAACCUUGUUUCAAUAAAAUAAAAUUGAUUGUUGUAUUUUUAUUACCAUUUUGUAUUUAAUCAUUCUUAGACUUUUCAUUAUUUUUAGAAUUUUUAAAAUGAAAUUGAUGAAUUUUCUUUGGGCUUAUUUAAGAAUGACUCUUUGAGACACACAAGUCACAGCCCUCUCCUCGAGUCAAACAAGUCCUCUCCUGAGUCUCACAAUACCUCUGUCUGUCUUUGUCUCUUUCCUUUGUCUGUGGACUCGAGAGACCUGCUGUCUCUCCCAUGCACUCGCCGGUUCGCUUCACAGGUUUCCGUAGAUCAUGGUUCCGUCUGGACCCUGGUCCUGACCCCUGCCACGGCCCUGCUGACAACUGCUGCUUCUAACACCAUUAAUAUUUCCACAGGCUUCUGUGGUUGGUGGUUCUAUCUGAUGGCGGUUCUAUGUGAUGGUGGUUGUCCUGCAGUGGUCCUGACGUACACCUGGCUUACUACUUGCAAUAUUUGAAUAAUUUCUGUUC